AUGAUUCGCCCUUCACACAUUUCAACCCGUAACAAUGUCAUGUUGUUCAACUGCUCCGACAGCAUCCUUUUGUCGCCCCUGAAUUGUUCCUCCAAUAGCUUUUGCCGUAAGUUUGAAGCUCUGGAUGUGGGGAGUGGAUGCAAGGGCACCCUUUGUUGUCAUUACUUGAAAGAUUCGUCUAUGAAUUCUCACAAGAUCAGGGUUCGGGUUGGAGGGUGCACUGCUUACACAUCGGUGAUCAAUGUGAAGCCCAACGAUCCUGCUGAGGCGUGGAAUUAUGGCAUUGAGCUGCAAUGGGCACCUCCCCACCUAUGA